GGAAGAAGAAGAGGAGGAGGAGAAGGAAGGGGGAGCCGCGUGAACGCGCACCUGUUUUAGGCGCAUUACGGUAGAGAGUCAAUUGUCCUCCAAACACAUCACCGCCGCUCGCGCGCGAGCCCCGAGUAAUCCAACACUGAUUUCUCUCCGAAAGAAGAGAAAAGAGUGCGCGAGGUGCGGGACAGGGGAAGAUGCCAGCUAAGGCGAAGCGUUCCUGAAGACUUGAUAAGAAGAAGGAGAAGACGAAGGGGGGAAAAAGUAACAGAGAAGUAAAGCACGGAAAGGAAGGUGAGAAAGAAAGAACGAACGAAAGAAAAAAAAGCAAGAAAGCGAAGCCGGGGAAGAAGCUGCUCGCGCUCGUUUUCGCUUUCACGAAGUUUUCUUUUCUUUUUUUGUUGUUUUGUUGUUGCAUUGAUCAUGAGCUAGUGUGCACGGGGUUUUGUUUUCUACUCCACCAUCCAGAGGAAGCUAAUAAAACAAAACAACGCAACAGCAACCAAAAAACAAACAAACAAAAAAAGAGGAAGGACAUAGAGAUCAUUGAAGUCUUUUUUUUUUAUUAUUGAAAGUAAUGCUCCCUCGAAAUUGAGCAUUUUUUUAAAGCUUUUGUGCUUUUUUUUCUGGUGUUUUUGCCGCUUUUUUAGUUUUGAUUUUUUUUUUUUUUUGGAAUCACCGGGACAUUUCAAGCCGAACCUGGGAGCGAGAACAUCCACAUGGUCGAGCGCGCGCCGUGAAACUUCACUUCUUCCGAGUUUGCAAACAGGUGCCACGUGAUGAUGGUAGAAUCAGCAAGUGAGACCAUUCGAACAGCGUCCUCCAACCAAAACGGAGUCAGCAGCCUGACCAGCCAGUCAGAGGGCGGGGGAAGAGAGGGCGGGUCCAACGGUGACGCCAAUGGGGAGAUCAGCCCCGUGGAUUUACUGCACCUCCAACAACAGCAGGCUCUCCAGGCAGCACGCCAGUUCCUUCUUCAACAGGCCACAGGACUCAGCUCGCCCAGCAGUAACGAGGUCAAACAGAGCCCUGUACAGGUGCCUGUGUCCAUGGCAAUGAUGACCCCGCAGAUGAUCACUCCUCAACAGAUGCAGCAGAUUCUUUCACCUCCACAGCUGCAGGCGCUGCUCCAGCAGCAGCAGGCUCUCAUGCUGCAACAGUUGCAGGAGUACUAUAAGAAACAGCAGGAACAGCUGCAUCUCCAGCUUCUCAGCCAACAGCAGCAAGUAGGGAAGCAUGCCAAAGAGCAGCUUCCAUUGAGCACUUAUCAGUCAAUAAACCAACAACAAGGAAUAUCAAGACAAGAUUUCGAAGUCUUUAGGACAACCGUUUGCAAGCAGCAACAGUUGGGCAGCAAACAGCUGGCUUUCCAACAGCAGCUGAUCCAGAUGCAGCAGCUGCAGCAGCAGCACAUUCUUAACCUUCAGAGGCAAGGCCUUGUUGGAAUCCAGCCUGGCCAAGUCCCCAUCCAGGGCCUGCAGCAAGCCAUGUGUCCCACGGACCUGCAGCAGCUGUGGAAGGACGUGGCGAGCGUGCAGAACGCAGACGAACCCAUCAAGCACGAGGGACUCGACCUGAGCACCAACAGCUCCAACACUACCUCAUACACGGCCUCCAAAGUCUCACCUCAGAUCCCCCAUCAUCCUUUGUCAAAUGGACAGAACUCCAUGCACACUCCAAAGAGAGACAGAGCAAGACUCUUUGAGUGGAUCUCGUCCUUCACUAAGGGGGAGUCCAGUGACGAGCAUCUCACCCCUUAUUCCAAAGGCACUCCACUACAGAGUUCCCACUCAUCCCAUGAGGAACACACAGCUUCACACCCACUCUACGGCCACGGAGAGUGCAAAUGGCCUGGAUGCGAGGCGCUCUGUGAAGAUAUGGGCCAGUUCAUUAAGCACCUCAACAGUGAACACGCCUUGGACGACCGCAGCACGGCCCAGUGUCGGGUGCAGAUGCAGGUCGUCCAGCAACUGGAGAUACAGCUGGCCAAGGAAAGUGAGCGUCUGCAGGCCAUGAUGACCCACUUACACAUGCGUCCGUCAGAGCCAAAGCCUUUCAACCAACCUCUGAAUUUGGCAUCAAGCGCCUCUCUGUUGAAGCGGGACAGCGAGCCUUUCCCCGAGGGGUUACCUCACCCUCCCACUUCAGCCGCAGCUCCCAUCACCCCCCUGAGGCAGGGCCCGUCCGUCAUCAGCUCCUCUAGCUUACACGGUGUCGGUCCUAUCCGCCGGCGCAAUUCUGACAAAUACUGCACCCCCAUCGCAUCUGAACUCGCCCAGAAUUGCGAAUUCUACAAAAACGCAGACGUCAGACCUCCAUUCACGUACGCGUCUCUGAUACGGCAUGCUAUUCUUGAAUCCCCUGAGCGACAAUUGACUCUCAAUGAGAUCUACAACUGGUUCACGCGAAUGUUCGCCUAUUUCAGGAGAAACACAGCAACCUGGAAGAAUGCCGUGCGCCAUAACCUGAGCCUCCACAAAUGCUUCGUGCGGGUGGAGAACGUCAAGGGUGCCGUUUGGACCGUGGACGAAGUCGAAUACCAAAAGAGGAGACCACCAAAGAUGACCGGAAGUCCCACUCUGGUGAAGAACAUGAUCUCUGGAUUGGGUUUUGGAUCCUUGAAUGCCAGCUACCAGGCGGCGUUGGCCGAGAGCAGUCUGAGCCUCCUGAACAGCCCCACGCUGCUAAAUAACAGCACAGGAGCCAGCCUGAACAUGCUGCACGUGGGUCAUGACGAUGUGAGCAGCACAGUGGAACAGGUGAACAGCAACGGCAGCUGUAGCCCCGGCUUGUCUCCACAACAAUACGGACACCAGAUCCACGUGAAGGAGGAACCCGCAGAGCUUGAGGAGGACAGUCGGCCCAUGUCCCUCAUUGCGUCUGUCACUCAGAACCUGAGCAUGCCCGGUGACGAGCGUGACAUGGAGGAAGAGCUUCCCACAGAGGAGCUGGAGUAAAGGUUGGGACGGGAUGUCGCAGUCCCCUUCCUUUCCUUUCUACGCAAAAUAACCACAAAGAGGAAAGAAAAACACAAGAGAUGAUACAGAAACAACCCCCAUCAUCAUGAAACCAAAACAGGGUGUACCAAAUCAGUCCAUCUUGCAUUUUUUUUUUGUCUUUUUAGCAUUUCUUUUUCUUAACGUCUCCCUCUCCAAUGUUUUAAAGUCCCAGAGACAAGUUCUAAACCACUCGUGUAUCUGAGACCGGUGCAGCCGGUUCGUAUCUCCUGCUCCGUCUCAGACUGGCGGCUGAACGCACCAUGAGUCCCCUAAAGCGCCUCAUUCUACUCCGGUCUUAUCAGCUUUAGUUUAUUUUUUACUUCUUUUUUCCCUCGCCUGGCUUGAGAACUGCUUCGGGAUUAAAAACCGCAACUGGGGUUUACCUCGGAAUGACGUUCACGCAUACUACAAAGGAAAACAUUACUAACUAUUCCAUUACAAUGAACUUUAGCUCGGUUUCAUCCUGGACUUGGAAAAAACAAGAGAUCAAAACAUGACCAGAGCAACUGACUCCCACGGUUUAAUCCUGACCUUCGAUUCGUGAACUCUUGGUAUAAAAGAGAGGUGGAGCAGUUUUCCAGUCUUGGAGCAGUGUUAACUUUUUGGGAUCUGAAUGCGGAAAAAAAACAAACAGCGCUCGCUUUUCCAAUAAAAAAAAAGAAACAAAAAGAUGAAAUCAUUUCCCUCUUUUCAGGAAAAGGAACCAGGACCAACUGUCAGCGCUGGCGGCCACGACGAGGCGUCAAAGCUCAGAGACAAGACUCUUGAUUGGAACGUGUCAAAAGUGAUGCUCUUUUGAAGCAUUCCAUUCAUUAUUUCAUCUUCUGCCACUUUUAUAGGAUCACAUUGUGGUGUACAUUAGUUAUGAAUUUGUAGGUUGAUUUUUAUUUUUUUUUUUCAAUUUUUCUUUGAUAUGUUAUCAUUUCAAUUGGGCUGGAUUUUGGAGGGGAUAAUCAAUUAUCCUUCCGUUACCCAUAAUGCCCAGAAUUACUUAAGGAUAUAUUGAGAAGAGCACUUACCAUCGAGGUAGCGACGGAUUUAAAAAAAAAAAAAAACGAGGACCACAAAAGACGAUUAUAACACCAGGCACAUGGGCUCCAUCAAAGCAGGUUCCCUGAAAGAUCCCUACAGGCACUCAAAUACAUUUUUUAAAUUCUUUUUUAAUUUUAUUUUAUAAAGGAUAUAUCAUUUAGCAAUUCCUCUUGAAAUUCAGCUACAAUACAAAGCACGGUUUAAAAAAGAAAAUCGUUUUUUUUUUUUUUUUUUCCGGUCAGAGAAUACCUCAAGCCACGGUGUUCCCUCGCGUCGUCCCGGGGAUUCGUACUGUAGCCUGACUAAAGAUCUGUCUGUCAAAGAUCGAUCCAUCACCCAGAUAUAUGAAUGAUAUCCUCAUCCAAAUAUGUCUGGUCAGGACAUGAGUUUUUAUUGUUAGUGUUUUUUUGUUUUUUUUUUAGCUUUUACCGAAAAAAAUAAAAACCAAGCAAACACGUAAACUUUCAAAGCAGUGCCAUGUUAAAUUUAACAAAGUUUUAUUUUUUUUUUCUCUUUUUUUCCUCCCAAUUUAUUUUCGUUACAGGUUACCAAAGAGAUUUGUAGUAAACCAAAUACCCUCCUUUUUUUCUUUUAUUCUUAAAAAAAGGAAAAAAAAAAACAUCCUUAAAUUAUUAUCUAUUAUUUUAAUUGUUUAAAUAACCUGUUUAAGACUAGUGCAGAACAUUCCAAAAAACCAAAGUGUGAGAUGCAAAAAAAAAAAAAAAAAACAAAGUAAAGAGAGAGAGAGAGAAAUUUGCUGGUACAAAAUGAAAGCGUAUAAAAAAUAAAUAAAUAAAUAAAAGCUUGUUUCAAUAACAGUAUAGAAAAUGGACGAGUGAAUCCUAUGUGAUGUAAGGCCAAAAAAAAUAGAAGAAAGACAGGAAAAAAAGCAGUAUUGUCAAGCCUCUGUCAGUUCCUUGGAUGAUAAAGCACUUAACGAAAGGAAAAUAAAUCAAAUAAAUAAAGCUCUACCCUCUCAUGCUCAGGCAACAGCAAAGUGUUAAGAACACAACCUUUAAAAAAAAACGCCUCAAGGUCUAAGAGAUAAAUACAUUUGCAGACAUAAGGCACUUGAACGACAAACGCUCAAUACACAAAUACUCGUGUUUUUUGGGUUCUUUUUUUUAUUAGAUGGUUUUUUUUUUUUUUUACCCAACAAAACAUUUAUUUUCCACCAUGUUCUUGUGUUCACAUCGGAUACGGUUUCAUCGGCACAGUCCAUUAAACGUUACUGUUUUGAAAAUUCAGCCGUAUUUUUCUGAAGGGUAACAGAACAGAAAAAAAAAAAAAAACGAUCGUUAAAAAAAAACAAAAAACGAAAUAAACAAAUUGGACAUUUAAGGGAACGGCUUCACCAAGAUUUGCACACUUCAGAUCGAAUAGGAACUUUAUUUAUUUCAAUUCUUGUUUUUCAAUUCUUUUUUCUUUUCCGUGGUCAUUUUUGCACCUGCUGUAGAAAGAUUUCGUUUCAUUUUUGAAAAAAAAUCAAUAAACAAAACAAACAAAAACCAACAGGAAAAAAAUGAACGAUAUGAACGAUAAAAACCAAAAAAAUGUUGCUACCUCCUUUUAUUGAAACAGUCCACAAAAGAAAUACCCGAUGAACACCAUCUGCGGUUCUUUACGCCGUCGUGCCAUCCUUUAAAAAAAAACCCACCAAAAUAUGCUGAACUAAAAGCUGGCGUCCUGAAUUCAUUUGCAUGAACGAAAAGCCCACAACGCAACGCAGACACACACACACACACACACACACACACACACACACACACACACACACACAACAGACGCACACCAUGCUGAGAAAGUGAAGACAGAAAUAAAUAGUAAUGACUACCUCUCCCCUUAGAAAAAACUGCUGAGUCGUGUUAAGUGCGAAGCAUUAAAUGAUGAAAAGAGGGGGAAAAAAAGCUCCAAAUUGUGCAUCCACCAUCUUUAAGUGAUCUAUUAGCAUAGUGUGUGUGUGUGUACAGGUCUGAGGCGACGAGGCAUUAAUUGCGCGCUCUAAUUCUGCAUGCGUAACGAGGAGGCCAGGCCCCGCUUUAAGCCAAUGAGGCGGCCGGUCAUUAGAGUGCGCUCAAUGGGCCAGCGUCAGAAAUGAUGAUGGGCAGAAUGCAUUAACGCGGGUCUUCUCUCGUUCAAACACUCCUCCUCAUCCUCAUCCUAUUCCUCUGGCUUUCCAAUUAAUGCAAAGCGUAGCGUGGCGGGUUCAAGGUCUGGGGGAAAAUAACAUUAAAAAUAGCACCCGCACGGAGCGUCUCAGUUUCACUGUACACGGUGACUUUUUUUUUUUUAUUAUUAUUUUUUUAAAUUUUUUAUCCUGUAGAUCAUUCAAAAGACGAGCUGCAAAGAAUCCGGCGAACCAAAAAAGCGCUGGCGAAACCAAAAUAGCCCAAAGAUAUAUAUUAUAAAUAUAUAAUAAUAAUAAAAAAGGAAACGUCCACCAGAUGACUAGAACAGGAACAGUGCUGAAUCUCUCAGUAAUAAGGAACUGCUGCAUUGUAAUGGGGAAAAGAAGAACAUGCUUUAAGGUACACACCUGUAAACAAAAAUUGUUUAUUAAGAUGUAGACUGAUGAACCUCAGUGGUAUUAGCGAUCACAUGAUUAUUUUUUAUUUUUUCAUCUUGUUGUAAUGAUGUAUUAUUGUAUAUUACAGCUUGGCUUUGCUCCCAAGGGCAUUUAUGUCUCUCUCUCUCUCUCUCUUGCUCUCUGUAACACACACAUUUUCUUUGAUCUCACCUUUAUAUGUAUUUUUUCGGCCUUAUUUUUUUUACUUCGUUUUGGAAAGACUUCAUUUCUUACAUCCUUUUAGCUAUUGUGAAACUUCCUAUACUGUAUUGCUGACGCUGUAUGUAUUUAUCAUAUUAUGUGCUGCAGGUAUCCUUAUUUUCACUCCUUCGUUAUUUUUUUUUUUCUUGACAAAACAUCUGGGAUGAUGCUUUUUUAAAAAGUGUAUCUCAAAAGAAAAGAAAAAAAAAAGAUUUAAAGAUGACAAAAAUUAGUGGUUUAGCUAAAAAAAAAAAAUUCAAUAAACACACACACACACACACACACACACCAGUUUGUAUAUUUAUCUUAGUUAGGUCUAUUUUGAUACUUUUUUUUUUCGUCUCUGUAUUGCGUUUAUGCAUUUUUAAGGAAAAAAAAAACCGUGACAAAACAAACCAAAAAAAAUACGUUCCAUUCAUUGUUGCAAUGAUACCUCAGAAGGACUUUUUUUUUUUUCUUUUUUUCAAAGGACAGGACCAAAACCUCAAACAAAGGAGAAAGAGGAAAAUACAAAACCUGAAGAAGACAAAAAAUAUGUAGCCCUAUCUUGCUUUAAAAUAUAUAAAUAUAUAUAUAUAACUUCUUGGAGGUGUUUGUUGGUCCUAUUUAGGUGCCAAUAGAUGUAUUUGUACAGACUCCCUUUAAACCAAAUCAUUCCUGUACGUAGUUUGCAGAAACGUCUCGAAGCUGUCGUUCACUUGGCAAUGGUGGUGAUUGUUUUUGUUUUGUUUUUUUUUUCUUUCCAAUGUCACAGCGAGUCCGUUUUUAUUCGUCACGUUGGCUCAGAGCCCAGUGGACUGCGCAGCAAAGGCUCUCGUUAGCUUAAUUGGCGUUAAUGGCUUCGUAAUGAUAAAUACGCUGAUGUGUUGUUUUUUUUUCUUCUUCUUUUUAAAAUCACACAAUCAACAAUUCUUUUCAUCCUUUUUUUUUUUUUUUUUUGCAUUUUUCCUUUUUCUGGAAUGGGACCACGAUUUCUGCUGUACACCUGUACUUUUGGGAAUCAGAUCUGUUGAUGGUUAUAAACGAUCUUAUCAAAUUCCUUCUUGCUCAUUGGUUCGAAAUCUCCAUUAAGGAAGACCAAACAUGAUUUCACUGAAUUACUUUUUUUUUUUCCCUUCAUGCCUGAGAAAUCCUCCUUUUUAAAAAAAAAACAAACAAAAAAAACCCCCUUAUAUCUAUUGAGCUGUCUGAGCUCCAUUUCUGUGUGAUUGACAGCUUUAAUGUGAUGUUAUCCAGGAAACGGAUCCUUGCUGAGGAGCUUUGCCUGGCGGUAUUAAUUUUUAUUUUUUAUUUUUUCCUCUUUUUUUUGAUGGCCAAGCGAACGAAUCUACCACUCUAGCUCUCAUUUCAUUUGCAUCUUAAGAAUGUGUGUACAUUUUUUAUUUUUUUUUUAUCAGCAGUGAUUUCUAUGUACUUAGUUUAGUAUAAAUAUCUAUUUUUUUGUUUACUUUUGCUUUUAUUUUCGUUCGAAACUUUCGGGAUGAAAACUUUUAGGGGCAAAGAACACAUGGUGGUUCUGAGAUGGUAUUGAAAAAAAAAAAAAAAAAAAGAAUAAAAAAGGCAACUAGCCAGCCACCAUUAUUGUUUUUAACCCUGGGGUGACCGUGUUUAUGCCAGUCACUGCCGUUUUUCUUCAUGCUGUAUAAAAAAAAAAAAAAAACACGUAUAUCUGUGUAUUUGUAACCUGAAUCUUCUUGUGUCUGCCCAUGCAGACAAUAAAAAAACUGUACAGUAGUUCUAGUUGCAUGUAAUCUGUACUAAUUAUUGACAAUGGCAUUAUAAAAUGCAAUAAAAUACUUAUUACACUGUCCA